CAAGCCAGCUGUAGGCGGCUUUUUUUUUACAGGCGGAGUCCGUUCCAAAAAACUAUGCCCAACUAGAAGAUGGAUUCAAAGUUCUUUAAACUGCUGCUCCUGGGCGGCGCCGUGCGCUUCUACUUCUGUCGCACGCCGCUGGCUCCGAUGAUCGGCAACCGAGUGGAGUUCGCGACGCCUUUGAACUCACACAAGCGCAUGCAAGAGGGAAUAUUCCUGCUGCAGAAUGGCAUUGAUCCCUAUCAAGGCGACCUGGUGCACGAAUCGCCGCUGAUACUCAGCGCCCUCUCCGGGUUGUUUCAAAAGUACCCGCAUUUCUUGCCCAUAUUCUACAUAAUCCUGGAUGUCUGCACGGCGGCUCUGCUUUAUGCGAUGAGUCUGAGAUUCGUAAAGCAAAAGCAGGAGCAGCAGGACGUGGAGCGAAAGGAGUAUGCGAAGGAUACGGAGGAGCUGCAGUUUACCCCGCUGGACAAGUUUGAUAUUCCGGAACUUGUGAUCGUGGCAUAUCUUUUCAAUCCACUGACUGUAAUGAGCUGCAUCGGCAUGACCUCCACCGUGAUAAGCAAUCUGUUUCUGGCCUUCUUUUUCUACUGCCUUGUGAAAGGACUGCUACUUCCAUGUCUCCUUGUUCUCGCCUUCGAGACCGUCCGUAGCUUCUAUCCCAUCGUUCUGAUAGCGCCACUGCUACUGGUCUUUUCACGGAACUCGAUCAGAAGGGGUGUGGCUAUUUCAGUGCUUUUCAUCGUCAGUUGCCUGCUUGUGGCAAUUGCUAACUAUUUCGUGCUGAACAGCUGGAACUUCCUGGAUGGAACGUUGGGUUUCAUAUUUUAUUUCCGCGAUCUACAGCCAAAUAUCGGCCUGUUCUGGUACUUUUUCACUGAAAUGUUUGAACACUUCCGCACCAUGUUCCUAAUUACAUUCCAACUGAAUGCCACCGUCUUAUACCUGGUGCCACUAAGUAUUAAGCUGCGCAAGGAGCCCCUACUGCUAGCCACGGUAUUGGUGGCCCUAAUGGCCGUUUUUAGAGCGUAUCCCAGCCUGGGCGAUGUGGGCUUUUAUUUGGCCUUGCUUCCUCUGUGGAAAAGAUGUUGGAAAUUCAUGGCCCAUGGCUUUGUGGUCUUCACGUUCUUUCUGGUCACUCUAUCAAUGAUGGGAGCGCUUUGGCACUUGUGGAUCUAUGCAGGCUCGGCAAAUGCCAAUUUCUAUUUCGGUGCCACUCUUGCGUUUUCCACCGGCCAGAUAUUUCUCAUCACCGAUCUGCUGUUCGCUCACGUUAAACGUGAGUUCUGUCUGUUCAAUGGCCAGAAGAUUCUGAUCGAUGGCGAGGAAGCGAGAAUAGUCUUAAAGUAAGCAUAAACAGUAUCAGCAUGACAGACGGAAUCCAGGAACUUUGUACAGAUGCAGAAUGCGCUUCCUAAUGGGCAGCCAGGCAUACUCUUAAGAUAAGUUAACUCCGAACAAUAUCAGAUUAAACAAAAUAUUUUAUUUGA